AUGUUCAAAAGACCAUUUUAUCCUUUUCUAGUUGUUUAUUAAGUAAUAGCAUGGAGGGUAAAAUAGACAUUUCACAAAAUAAUUCCCAUGGGAUACCAAUCCCAUGGUUUCUAUCCCACCUCCCCCAUGGGAUAGGAUAGUCCCAUGUUUGUGGGACUAAUAGACUAUUAGUCUGGAACAAAUUUUUCAAACAAACAAUGGACUGUUAGUUUGGAACAAAAUUUUUCAAACAAACAAUGGACUAUUAGUCCGGUGGGACUAAUAGUCCAAUCACACACCCUUAUUCUUCAAAACAAACAUGCUUAUGUACUUAUUCAUGGGUAAACUGCACAAAAUUUUGGAUUAUGAUCCUCUCCAUUGCAUUAUCUAAGAGCUUGUUAUGAUUCUCUCUAAAUUUAAAAUAUCGAUAAAUUUUCAUGAUUAUUUCACAACACUUGGAUGAUUGAUAUAAUGGAGAUCUUCCAUUACAAUGUAAUAAUGGAGAGAAUCUCAGUCCCAAAAUUUUUUCUUAAAUCUUUUAAUAGAGCCCAUAAUUUGAGUGUCUUAUCGAGUUCAUUACUUCAAUGGUCAGUUCAGCUACCACUUUCAUUCACUACUAGGUUUGGGAGAGAGAAGAGAUGGAGUUGGAACACUUUAGCCAUGGACAUCCAUUGAUUCUCGAGGAAGAGCACAACAAUAACGGUGUAGAAGUCGCUUGCUAUGUUUGUCAGCAACCUAUUUCAGGUCCAACCUAUAGUUGCAGGCAAUGUCAGCAUUUCUCUUUGCACAAAGUGUGUGCAGAACUACCAACAAAGAUGGAACACCCCAUGCACCCAGAACACCACCUUAUCUUACUCCCAGAUUUGCCUUAUUCUCAAUCGGCUUACGAAUGCAGUGCUUGCCAACAACCUUACGAGAGCUUCACUUACAGCUGUUUUGAUUGCAAUUUCCAGCUCGACAUAUUGUGUGCCUUGUUGGUGCAGAAGAUUGAGCACAUAUGUCACAAACACCCUUUGACUCCUCUACAGAGGCCAACUUUGUUAUUGUGUGAUGCUUGUGGCACCAAACACGAAGGCACAUUCUAUCAAUGUACCACUUGCCGAUUCUGGGUCAACCAAAAUUGUGCUUUGUUACCAAGUACCAUAAAAUAUAGUGAGCAUGAUCACCUUCUAUUCCUCAUCUAUUUUUUUCCAUAUGAACAUUUCAGAUUUACUUCCUAUUGCGCAAUCUGCACUGAAAAAGUGGACAGAAUAUAUUGGGCAUAUUAUUGUGCCCAAUGCAGAUAUUUCGCCCAUAUAAAUUGUUUGACAUCAAAGAUAAAGCUUUCCAGAGAGUUGGAAGAAGAAUCAUGCAAAACUAAACAAAUCGACCAAAAAACAAAGUUUGUACUAGAAAAACUUGAGCCCAAUUUGAUUGGUUUGGCACUGGUUGAUGAAGAUGAUGAUGAUGAUGAUGUCGAUGACAAUGAUGGUAGAGUUGAAAAACUUGAGCCCGAUUUGAUGAGCUUGCCACUGCUUGAUGAAUCAAUUAAUCUUAUUACACAUUUCAAGAAGAAGAUCAAUUUGGAGGGGAAGAGUAAUAAACCAAUGAAGAUUGACCAUGUUAGUCAUUAUCAUACAUUAUUAUUUGUUGACAAUCAUAUCAAUGAUGAAUCAUGCACCGCGAGCAAACUACUUGUAUGUGCUGGAUGCACACAGCCAAUCACCGCCCCAUUUUACCAUUGCGCUGAAUGCAACUUCACUAUGCAUGAGUGUUGUGUCGAGUUGCCCAUUGAGCUGCAACACCCAAUUCACCCAAACCACCCGCUAAUACUGAACAGAUGGCAAUCCAUAUAUUCUGAUCUACCCCUAUGCCAAGGUUGCAAAAUGUCUUGCAAUGGGGUUUUGUUUGGUUGUGUAGCCUGUGAUUUCUUCCUCGACAUGAAGUGUGCUUCCUUACUAGGCACUAUCCUGCAUGAUACUCAUAAGCACUUCCUUACCCUAAGAGAAACAACUGGAGGGUUGUGUUUUGCAUGUCAUAAAAUUUUUUAUGGGGUCGGGUUAGUAUGUGACAUUUGCAAUUUCAAGCUACACACUCGAUGUGCCUUGUUGCCACGUACGGUUAGCCACAGAUUUGACAAACACCCUUUCUCCCUACUCUAUUUCGGCGAUCAGGAUGAGUAUUACUGUGAAAUUUGUGAGGAAAAAGUAAACCCAUUUUGUUGGUUCUAUCACUGUGAUGACUGCAACCGGUCGCUUCAUAAGGAAUGCAUUCAUCUAGUUAGUUUCUUCCCGGGUGAGCUCAACAUUGCAAGCCACCCACACAACCUCACUUGUGUUCAUCAACCUAAGGAUAUCUCUACGUGCGAUCGUUACGGUGAACUUGUCCAAUUCAGGAGCAUUGAAUGUACACCUUGUAAUUUCAAGCUCUAUUCAGAUUGUGCUCGGAAUGAAGCAAUGGAGAGGAUUUUAUCACUGCAACUAGCUGGUGAACUAGACCCUGUGGAUAGUGGCCACACAUCUUGA